AUUUAUUCCACCGUUCUUUUCCAAUUCAAUUUUGCCUAUAUAAAGAGAUGCUUUCUUGAUAGCUAGAGAAAAUACAUCCAAGUUUUAUUUAUUUUCUCUCUCAAAUUAAAUCCCCUUGAAAAAAAUCAGAUUAUUUCUUGAUAAAUUAAUAUGGCCUCUGUGGUAGAAGAAAAUUGGGAUUACGUGGACGGCCAAGAUGAAUCGGAAGAUUUGGAGCUAUCGCAGAUCAACCACAAUCUUCUAAUGUCGUUACUCGACGAAACACCGAUUGAAGAUUGCGAUGAUGAAAGAUUAAGAAAAGUAAUUCGGUCGUUGGAGGCAGAGAUUGAUGAUUCGGAUGAUAAUUGCUAUUCAUUUGAUCAUCAUAAUACUAUGUGGGAGAGUGAGGUGGUGGAUUGCCAAUCAUCGAACGAUGAAUUGAACGGUCAAGAUCGCUCGGUGCCGCAAGAUGAUCUUGAUCUUCGCUGGAUGGACAUGGAGACUAUGCCUACUUCUCCUCUUUGUUAUGUGAAUACUACUAUUGAAGAUCAAGAUUAUGGUUCACUAUGGCAUGACACAAAUGUCAAUAUGAAUGAUAGUUUUAGGGAUUAUUAUUAUUAUUAUUAUUAUUAAAUGCAUAAUUUGCAAAUAGCAAUCAACUAUGACUAGUAAAAUAAUAAAUUUUCCCAACUUUAGUUUGUUAUGUGGGUGGAAAAUUGAAGUCAUUGUAAUAUCAAAUUGAUUAUUUGCAAAUACAAAUGAUUUCCAUUUUAAUUA